GAUAACGACAUAAAUAAUUUUAUCACGGAGGUCAGUACGGUAUGAUUCUCUUCACCAUCAUACCAAGUUGAUCUACAUGUCACCAUGAUGUUGACGUAUUAUAUAAACAACAUAAUUGUUGUUGUGUUUCUGGCACUAUGUUGCUUCUCAGCGACAGACAGUAAAGUGUUGUUGAUCUCUAUGGAUGGUUUCCGGUGGGAUUAUAUUAAGCAUGUAGAUACGCCGAAUUUUGAUGCAUUUGCCGCUGCAGGAACCAGAGCGGAUUAUAUCAAUAAUACAUUUGUGACGAAAACCUUUCCUUGCCAUUAUACCAUUGCAACUGGCCUCUAUGAAGAAAGCCACGGGAUUAUAUCCAACCAUAUGUAUGAUCCAGUCUUCAAUGAAAUCUUUGGAAUGAGCAAUAAAGAGACCAAAUGGUGGGAUGGGGGUGAACCGUUGUGGGUCACAGUACAAAAACAUGGGCUCAGAAGUGCCGUAUAUUUCUGGCCAGGCAGCGAGGCAGAGAUUCGAGGGUAUAGACCAAAUAUUUACAAACCAUACGAAGAGACUAUCGGAUUUGAGACCAGGGUAGAUACAGUGGUCCAAUGGUUAUCCAACACUAGAUUCAACAUUGACUUUGCAAUGUUGUACUUUCACGAGCCCGAUCAUACGGGGCAUGAGUACGGUCCAAAUUCACCUCAAGUGUAUAGAAAGGUCAAAGAAAUGGAUAAUAUCUUAGGGUAUAUUGUCCAGAAAUUUAACGAGGCUGAUCUAUGGAAGUCCGUGAACGUCCUUUUAACAAGUGACCAUGGCAUGACAGAAGUAGAUUACAAAAAUAGACACAUAGAUCUUUCCCAGCAUAUUGAUAUGACAGCAAUUGACCAAAUUCCGGUUGCUGGUCCAACAUCUAACAUACUGCCAAAGCCAAACAGGAUCGAUGAAAUGAUCAGAAACUUGACCGGUGUUGAUCAUCUUCAAGUAUUCAGGAAAGAGGACAUACCAGACAAGUGGCAUUAUAAAAACAAUAGAAGAAUUCUUCCGAUCCUCGCGGUGGCCGAUGAGGGAUGGCUUAUUGUACAGAGUCCAAGGGAGUAUAACUACACACUAAAAGGCACUCACGGAUAUGACAACGCCCUUUCUUCUAUGAAACCAAUUUUUUACUCACGAGGACCAAACAUCAGGGCCGGGUACAAGUCUUUCCCAUUCAACUCUGUGGACAUUUAUCCGCUCGUAUGUGAACUGCUCGGUAUACCACCGUCACCGAACAACGGGACAUUAGAUAAUACCAGACAUUUUAUUGUUCAGCAAUCUGGGGCCCCGAACAUUCAAGUGCAUUUUGCGGCAGCUGCGUUGACACUGUUACAUUUGUUGACAAGAAAUUUUAACAGUUAGUUUUUUUCCUAUGUCUUCUGUACAUCUAAUGAGUAAAUAUUGCAUUAUAUGAGAUCAACAUGUACAGUCAUACAUUUAUCGUCUGAUAUUGUUGCAUACUUUUUGCAGUCAGGUGUUUGUGUAUUUUCAUUGUUUUUAAGUCUUAAAAUCACUAAAUGAUCUUUUAAAAUAUCAAUUUUUGACAGUUGUAUUCGAACAAUUAUUGAGAAAGAAAUGAAAGGUUAAAGUAUUUAAAGUUUGUCAUAGUGCUUUGCAUUGUAUCAUAUUUUGAUUUUCACUCUCUCUCAGAAUAUUAUCAAUCUUACUGACAUACAAACAUUUGCAAGAAUAUUGUCUGAAAGGAUUUUGUACUAACCUGGUCUUAUUUUUAGAUUCCUAUUAUGUCAUAUUAAGAUA